UACAAUGACAAGAAAAGAAAGCCUUCAAAUGUAUCUAAUAUAGAUAUCUUAAAAAAAAAAGAGAUAAAUCUUGAAACACGUAUAUUAAAUUUGUGGUAUAAAUUCUAAAAUAACAUAUCUGAUUUUCCAUUCUGAUUUUAAAGUAUUUCCAUCAUUUCGUGCUUUUUUAAUUGUUCGUUUUCUCGACCAGGGGGGCACAAGGCUUAAUAAUCACCCCCCAUGUCUGUAAAAUCAGUUGUAUGCCUAUCUGUUAUCAAUUGAUCUACUCUCUCAAUCUUAGUUCAGGAGUUUUGCCAAUUGAAACGGAGGAGGAGCUGUAAAAAUAAAAGAAUGGGGAAGCAAGUGGUUGCGAGGUUCCUGCUACUCUCUGCCUUUGCCAAUUUAGUCUUCUGCUACACUCCAACUGUACCGGCGUUCAUCUGGUCUAACAAUCCUUCCAGGUAUUCAGGUUAUGACAAUGAAGGAUCAGUAAAUUACAACAUCAUCUCUCCUGGAGAUCUGGCCAAGAAUGUCCUCAAUAUGGCAGGCUGGUCGCAAAUUCUGUGUUCUGAAAAGAAGAGAGAUGAAGCAGCAGAAGUUGCACUUGUGUUUAUUGGUAGUAAGCUACGCUCACAAGACAUUUCACGUAAGGGAGGCACAGAUGCAGAGAUUAUUGAGUUGCUCAAGGAAUCUUUUAAAGAAUCAGAUUUUUCAAUGGCAUUUCCAUAUGUGGCUUUGUCUGAGGACAGAGGGAGUAUAACGAAUUCUUUGCUUUCGGGAUUUAUGAAAAACUGUGACCAUGGAUUUAGAAACAUUGAAAUAGCUGUGGUGGCUUCGUGCUCUGUCGAGGGCACUAAUAUUAAGAAGUUAUCUGACCUAAAAGCUGUGAAUGAGUACGUCAAUGAAAAGAAGCAGCUAAGAACAGAUGGAGAUACCAAUUUGAUCUUUGUGUGCAGUGAUAAAUCACCAGUAAUUGAAGAGUCUGGAAGGACCGAAAUGGAAAGCAAAAAUUUAGCCAAUAUUCUUAUGGAUCUAAAACAGAGUGGGAUUGCAUACUCAGUUUUGUAUACGUCAGAUCCAUAUGAAAUGGCUCCGCUUCUGAGAUUUGAGAAAUUGGAAAGACUCCUUAUUGCCAAUGCCUCUGAGAAUACAUCCACAAAUGUGACUUAUUGUGAUAUAGUGUGUCAAUCAAAAGCAUCAAUGUUAGAAGGGUUUCUUGUUGGUCUCGUUCUUCUGAUAAUAUUGCUGUUUGGUCUUAGCUGUAUGAUGGGAAUUGAAACACCAACAAGGUUUGAGGCACCACAUGAGUCUUAGACUAACUUAUCUGAACCCAAGCAGUUUCCCAUAUCCAGAUAUCUUCUGGAUUUGCUUCCUCUUAUAUUUCAAUUGGUGCAGAAGCAUGAUUCUGGCUAAAUGACAGGCUUAAGCACACGACGCGUGUAAUCUAUUGCCUUUGCUGUUGAUUUAUGCAAUGUCUAUUGUUUAUUGCUUCUCUGAAAAAUAUUUGCAUUUAGUUACCCAGUUUCUCUUCAUAUUGUAAUGAUGUUAUAAGCAUUCAAAAAUUACAAAUCAUAUAUGCUUUUUCUGUAGUCUUCAUAGUGUAUACUGGACAGUGGUUUUGUGUGCAUUAAUUGUGGCUCAUGCUCUUGGAAUAAUGUAGCGAAACCAAUUUCUGAUUUAAAAAACAUUUUUUACACACUUCA